UCAAAAACACUAGAAUAGUAGAAUGUCUUGAAUUAAUUUUUGUAAUUGCUCAAUAUUGCUCUAGAUCUAUUGAGUAUAGAUACGUCAGAAUAGAUUACAUCUAUUUAAUUUAUAUUAAUAUAACAUUUAAUUAUAAUUUAAUUUAUUCUGUGCUCGUACUGCCGGGCAGAUAAUAUUUCUUGAUAGUUAGGUCUACCUAUGUACAUUAUAUUUAUAUUUGACUGCAUUAGAURAUAAUAUCAAAUAAUUUUUAUUCACAUUAAAGCUAUAUWAUAACUACCUACCUACGAUGAAUGAAAACCAAUUGGAUGCAAGUGACAAAUUCAGUCCAAUUUCAAUUAAUGUACCUAGACAUUAUUCAACUUCAUUAAUAGCUGGUGCUGUAGCUGGAACUGUUGUUGAUAUUGCCUUAUUCCCAUUAGAUACGUUAAAAACUAGAUUACAAAGCCAAUAUGGAUUUAUUCAGUCUGGUGGCUUCAGAGGUAUUUAUAAAGGACUAACACCGACUAUUAUUGGAGCUCCUUUUACAGCGGGAUUGUUUUUUGGCACUUAUGAUGGUUUYAAAAAUCUAUUUCCCUUUGUAUCCAACAAUACUGCUCCAUUAGUUCAUUUAUGUGCAGGAAUCGUUGGUGAAGUGGUUUGUUGUACAACCAAAGUACCCAUAGAAAUAGUAAAACAAAGGCGUCAAGCAUCACCAAAUCAAGAUCCUAUUWUAAAAAUCAUAAGAACUGCGUAUGCUAACGAGGGAGUUUUUGGAUUUUAUCGUGGUUUCUGGACAACUGUUAUGCGAGAUGUACCAUUCUCUAUGUUGCAACUUCCAAUAUGGGAAUUCUUAAAAAAAGAGUACAGGAUUCUUACUGGUAAACCUCUUACAACAUUGGAAGUCGCCUUAUGCGGAUCUAUAUCAGGUGGUAUAGCUGCUGCUCUGACUACACCCAUUGAUGUAACAAAAACACAAAUUAUGUUAGCAAAUAGUGCAGUGGAUCAAAAAUUCUCAAUAGUUUUUAAGAACAUAUACAAAAAAAAAGGACUCAAUGGAUUGUUUGCCGGUUUUCUUCCAAGAGUCGUAUUCAUAAUGAUAGGUGGAGCUUUAUUUUUUGGUGUAUAUGAAAAAACAUGUAGAGAAAUUGAAGAUAAACAUAAGAAUAAAAUUUGAACAUUUUUAAUAGUACUUAUAUUCAUGUUGUACUCUUCUAAUUUGUUAUUGUUACCAAUAAUUGUUAUAGUUAUUUAAUUAUUAAAACAAAAUAUAUAAAUCAAAUGUA